UUAGGAGUUUUUGUGCAUCUCGUUCUAUAAUAUUUACGUGAAAUCGCGUGUUUUUCGAGUAUUUAAAACAAUUCCUGAAUUAGAAAUUGAUGGUAUAUCCUUCGUUAACACAACCUCUAUAAUCAUCACGGCUACAAUAUCAUGCCCGCCUUUUUUAUAUUCGACCCCAGUUGAUUCCUGAGUGUUUAUAUUAUUUAUUUACUAGAUUUAAGAGUCGUACCGUUUAAUUCGCCUACUAGGAAUUAUGAACGGAACCACGAUGGAUCGUCAUGGUCAGACUAAUCCCAAGGCACCGAAGAAUUACAAGCUUCUCGUGGAUCCUUUUCUGGUUAAAGGGGCCGCCAAGCUGUACAGAUAUGACGGGGUGGUGCUGAACGAUUCGUCGUACCCUCCGGUUAUUCCCAGAGACCCGAGGUCGCAUCUAACACGGAUUUGGACCAGACUGGAAACAUUGGACCUACCUGUCCCUAGAUUCAAGAUAGAUCUGAACUACGUGGGCGAGCCCCCCUCCAUAGAGGUGACCAUCUUCCACCUGAACGACAACAUCGACAAACAAUUCCUCCGGGACAUGGUACAGAAGUUCGGCGUCAUCGAAGAGCUAUUCAUAUACUACCACCCGUCGACGAACAAGCAUCUCGGCAUCGGCAGAGCGGUCUUCGAGUCAAUCAAGGGUGCCAAGGCGUGCGUAGAGAAACUGAACCAGACCAGCGUCAUGGGCAAGAUCCUCGAGGUGUUCCUCGACCCGUUCGGCGAGCAGUGCAAGAAGAAAUUCGAGGAGUUCACGACGGAGAAGAAACCGCCGCCCCCCGCCGCUGCUCCGGCCGCCGAGACCUCGCCCAAGGCCGAAGAGAAGGCUAAGAGUAAUGAGGACAAGCCGUACGACCCAGCAGACAACGAUUUCGACGAGCGGGACUCGUACAAGGCGAAGGAGAAGACCAAGGAGCUGGAGGAGUACGAGGCGACCAAGAAGGCCAGGGAGAGGGAGAGAGAACGGGAACGUGAGAGGGACAGGGAGAGGGAACGGGAUAGGGAGCGGUACAGCAGCAGGAGUUACAGGAACGACUUCGCGACGCCCAGCAGUACAGAUAUGGGUUACGGGACGGCGCCGAGCGAUUUCUCCGCUAGUUUUGGAUCGGCCGGCACGACCCCUUUAGCUUACGAGUACCACAGCCACAGCAUAGCCGCCCUCUCGGGUCAGUACCCGUACGCCACGCCGACCUACCACCCGAUGAGCGCUCCCCCCGUUUGGCCCAUAGCGACGCCACAGUGGCCCGCCGAGAGCUGGGACAGGUCGCCGGCCAGCCUGGCGCCGCCGCCUAAAUGGCCGGAGGAGAAACACUCCCACAAGAGCAAAGAUAAAGAGUGGAGGGAACGGGAGAGAGACCGCGAGCGCGACAAGGAGAGAGACAGGGACCGGGACAGGGACAGGAAGAGGAGCGGCGGCGGCGGGUCCAGCAGUAAGAGCAGGAAGGAGAAGGACCGCGACAAGGAUAAGGUCAACUCUCAAACGACAGAGGAAGAAAACAAGCCGCUGGACCUGGACACCAGGAUAGCCCUGCUGCUGAAAGAAAAGGGCUCAGGGGGCAUGGCGCCGCCGUUCCUCGCCCUCGGCGUCGACUCGGACGACGAAUCAAAAUCCUCGGAAAAGUUGUCGAAGCACCUGCCCAUACCCACUUCCCUGGACAGCGACGACGACGAUCGCUCCAGCAUUUCACUGAGCGACAUGCCGAUCAACCCCCCGGCCCCCGACCUGGACAUCGACAUCGCCAAGGACGACGAGAGUUUUCCGCUGUCGGUGCCACCGUCUCCGUUCCUGUCCAAGGACGUUUAUCUGGAGUGCCAUCGCCUCGCUUUGGAACAGGCUGUCGUGGCCAGGCAACGGGAAGCCCUAGAGACGACGGCCCUGCUGAAGAAGGCCCACAUAGAGAUGAACAAGAUCGGCAGCGACAUCUCCUCGAGCGAGGACGAAUUACUUACGGGCGAGGGCAUCCAGAACAACUACAGCCCCAUAGAGAGGAUGGAAUUGAAGAACGAGUUCAAGAUGGAGAAGGACGACGACCGGAUGAGCCUGUCGUCGUUGAGCAGCAACGACACGAAGAUCGAGGAGGUGAAGCCGGAUCCGCCGCCGCCGCCAUUGCCCCCGAACCCGCCCUCGGGGGUCCCGCCUCCCAUGCCGCCGAUACCCGGCGUGUAUCCGGCGCAGUACCCGGGGAUCCCACACUAUCCCGGAUACCCCGGACCGCAGUAUGCCGCCUACCCGACCACCCCCUUCGCCUACAGCCACCAGGACUGGCGGCAGGCCUACCCGUACGGCCAGCACAUGUACCUCCCCCACCCCCAGUACCCCCAAUUCCCGACGCUCCACCCCGCCGCCCAGCCCUAUAUAUCCUACCAGAUGCCCCAGAAGCGGCCCGAGGACGAUAAAGACGACCCCCACGCCGUCACCAUCAACUCGGUGGUGCAGCAAGUGACGCAGGAGCUCAAGAACAUCCUCAAGAGGGACUUCAACAAGAAGAUGGUGGAGAACACGGCGUUCAAGAAGUUUGAGGACUGGUGGGAGGAGGAGAGCUGCAAGGAGAACAAGGCGAAGGACCGCGAGGACCUCGCCGACAAGCAGGUCGUACCGAAGGACAACAUCAACAUAUUGUUGGAGUCGAACCGCGAGAACCUAUACAGCAACAUCAACCUGGACACGAUAGGGCUCGGCCUAGGCUUACGGGCUUCCUUACCAAAGAUGCCGAGCUUCAGGCGGAAGAAGAUCCCAUCGCCCGUGCCGGAAGACGAGGACGACACGCAGAAAGUGUCGGAUAGCGAGGAAAUUGUGCAGGAUUACGACUCGGACGCUACCAGGACGUCGCAGAGGGCGAGGAAGAGCUCGACGAGCAGCAGCAGUUCCUCGUCGAGUUCCUUCACUUCGGAUUCGGACACGGACAGCUCGGACGAGAGCUCUUCGGAUUCCGAGACGGAGGUGAAGCAGAUCAACAGGCGCAGCGUCAGUCCUGAGGGGAAGAAGAAGGCCGCAGUGGAACCCGAGGCCGUCUCGAUGGACAUGUUCGAGUCGCCCCUGCGGGACGGCAUCGAGGCUAGGAAUAAGACGCCGGAACCCAUGCAGAUCGACACCGACGACUUGACCCCAAAACAACAACCAGCCCCCAAACCGCUACCCACCGACCUGUUCGACAGCGACAGCGACCUGAGCGACACGGAACGGCUCAUCCUCGAACGCCGACGGCUCAACACGGAGUACAUGGAACAAAUAGAGAAGGAGAGGGAGGAACGCGCCCCCAAACGGGUCGAGGAGGAGAAGGAGACCCUCAGCGAGACCUCCUCGCCCGAGAAAGCCCGUCGGGAACCAGACGAGAAAUCCAAAGACGUCAUGGAGAAGACCCUGGAGGAACUGGAGGCGGAACGGGACGCACUGCUCCAAGCGGUGCGGAAUCCGGAGCCGCCCUCGUUCAUGGAAGUGGACGAGGAAGCGGAUAAGACGGCGACAGACGUCCAGCAAGGGCUCUCUAAGGUUAAGGCGCACGUCGAUUCGGACGAGGAGAACCUGGAGGCGAGGCGGGCGAAGAAGGAGAGGAACGGAACGGAGAUCAACGGGGACGUGGAGCUGGCCAAGAGGCUGUCGGAGAGCUCGGCGGGCGACGGCAGCCCCUGCGGACAGGUGGCGAUCGAGCAUUCGUACUGCCUGCUGCGGCCUGAAAAGGAGAACCUGGAGGUCGCGGCGGACGCCCUCCAGGCGAAGCAGAUCGUGCAUGACCAUGGGUACACGCGGGAGGAGAAGGUGGAGAAAGCGAAGAAGGAGAAGCCGCCGAAGCAGCCCCGGCCGAGGAAGCCCAAAGACCACAAGAAGCUGCAGGAGCUGCAGAACACCCUCGGCUACGAGGAUGAGAACGACAGGAGGACGUCGGCGAUGCCGUACAACCUGCACAGCACGGUGGUGCACAAGGUGCGGGACCAGAUGUCUGAGUUCGGCGUCCUCUACGAGUUCCUGACCAAAGGCAUCGACCACGAGGACAUACAGUACAUAAAGAAGUCGUACGAGGAGAUGCUGUCGAACGACACGAUGGGCUACUGGCUGAACGACACCCACUGGGUGGACCACUGCCUCACGGAUCUCUACUCGACCCCGCCGAAGCGGAGGAAAAAGGACGAGCGGCUGCACGUCACCGGCAGCGCCAGAACCGAAGGCUACUACAAGAUCUCGGCGCACGAGAAGUCGCGCUACAAGUACCACCACGCCAAGUCGCACGCCAUAUCCAUGGCCAACGUGUCGGCAGCUACCAAGCAAGGGCUAUCCAGGGAGGCGAGGUCGAACCAGAGGAGGCUUCUCACUGCUUUCGGCAGCGACACGGACUCCGACCUCCUCAAAUUCAACCAGCUCAAGUUCAGGAAGAAGCAGCUGAGGUUCGCCAAGUCCGCCAUCCACGACUGGGGGCUGUUCGCCAUGGAGCCCAUCGCGGCUGACGAAAUGGUUAUCGAGUAUGUGGGCCAGAUGGUACGCCACAGCGUGGCGGACCUCCGGGAGCAGAAGUACGAGGCGACGGGCAUCGGCAGCUCCUACUUAUUCCGGAUAGACCUGGAGAACAUCAUCGACGCGACGAAGUGCGGCAACCUGGCCAGGUUCAUCAACCACAGCUGCAACCCCAACUGCUACGCCAAGGUGAUAACGAUCGAGUCGCAGAAGAAAAUCGUGAUAUAUUCCAAGCAGAGCAUCGGCGUCAACGAGGAGAUAACGUACGACUAUAAGUUCCCCAUCGAGGACGAGAAGAUACCGUGUCUGUGCGGCGCGGCGGGAUGCCGGGGGACGCUGAACUAAGGGGCGCGGUAGCGAUGCGGGUUUCGUCGAGAUAUCAACCACCGCGGUGUGAGAAUUAAGUCGAGGGGCACGUUUUGAGUUUUUUUCGUUGAUUUCUGGGUAGACGGAGGGAAGGUUACCGUCGUGCAAUAUCGGACGGGGGGAGUACGCGUUUACGCGAGGUCGAGGCGGUAGCGAUUGUAUAUAAAUGUAUCGUGUGACGAGAGCUUCGUGGGGACCGCCGGCAGAGGGACGUUUUAUGGAGAAAUGCUAGGUUUAAAGGAGAUAAGUGUGUAUAGUGAGGAAUGACACGUGGAAUUUUAAAUUAUGUGUUUUUUAUCUGUAUAUAUUAUACUUUCUUGUAAAUACUAGCGAUAGUUGUUAAAUAUUGUGUUUUUAUUUCAAACACU